AUGAACGAGCUCCCCCUGAACUUCCCCACGGACACUGUGAAGCUUCGCAUAGAGAAGACCGUCAUCCGCACGAUUCCCGCCGAUGCCUUCUACUACCUGGUGGAGCUCCAGUACCUCUGGGUGACUUACAAUUCUGUUUCCAGCCUUGAGGCCAGCAGCUUUUACAACCUGGGGCAGCUGCAUGAGUUGCGCUUGGAUGGGAAUUCUCUAGCUGCCUUCCCUUGGGCAUCUCUGAUGUACAUGCCCCAUCUAAGGAUCCUGGAUUUGCACAACAACCAAAUAACAAGUGUGCCAAAUGGGGCAGCCAGGUACCUGCAGAACCUCACCUACUUGGAUUUAUCAAGCAACAGACUAACCACACUGCCACCAGAAUUCCUGGAGAGCUGGUCCCAUGUACUUACAACACUGUCCAGAAGCCGGAAGCUUUCACCAAGAAUUGUUCUUGGUCUGCAGGACAACCCGUGGUUCUGUGACUGUCACAUUUCCAAAAUGAUCGAGAUAUCCAAAGUUGCUGAUCCUGCCAUAGUACUUCUUGAUCCACUGAUGGUCUGCAGUGAGCCCGAGCGCCUGACAGGGAUUUUAUUUCAGCGGGCUGAGCUGGAUCAGUGUCUGAAGCCAUCGGUGAUGAUCUCGGCCACCCGAAUCACGUCUGCUCUGGGCAGUAAUGUCCUGCUACGGUGUGAUGCCACUGGCUACCCCACCCCACAACUCACAUGGGCCAAAUCUGACCACUCACCUAUUAAUUACACAGUAAUUCAGGAAUCUCCAGGGGAAGGAGUCAGAUGGUCGGUAAUCAGCUUGACAGACAUUUCUUACAAGGAUGCUGGGGAUUACAAGUGUAAGGCCAAAAAUUUGGCUGGGAUGUCAGAAGCCCUGGUUACUGUGACAGUGGUUGGUGUUGUCACGACCACCAUAGCACCAGACAGUUCUGAAAGAAGGAAUGGAGAUCCCCCUGGGCGAGAAGUCCAGCCAGGACCUAGAAGAUCUAUAUCCAUACCUGGCUCAUCGCCAUCUCCCUGGCCUUCUUCCUCCACUUCUUUCUCUCCCUCUUCUUCCACUUUUCUUUCUACUUCUACUUCAUUUCCUCCUUCUGCUGCUUCCUUCUCCUUAUACCCUUUCUUCUCCUCCGUUGUUUCUCCCACCACAACUCCAAGCACUAAAAUUUCAACAAGCACCACCAUGGCCAGCCGACAGUCACUCCAGCUCCAUCCAGAUGGGGAAAGAAAUUUAAAGGUGGAGAUGGGUGGAAGUAAGCGUCCCCCAGCUAGUGCAAGUAGAAAAGAAGAGCUGGCAUUAUUGGAUCGACCCACAAUAGAAAAUCUCAGGGCAGUCAGCGAGACCAAAGAGAGUGUGACCUUGAUGUGGAACACCAUCAACACCAUGCAUAACUCUGAGGUGACCGUGUUGUAUUCCAAGCAUGGGGAUAAGGACCUGCUGUUGCUGAAUGCAGACUUCAGCAAGAACCAAGUAACUAUAGAUGGCCUGGAGCCUGGUAGGCAGUACAUAGCAUGUGUCUGUCCAAAAGGAGCGCCUCCCCAGAAAGACCAAUGUAUCACCUUUUCUACUGAUAGUGUUGAAGGUCAUUCUCAAGAGCCCUUCCUUAUUGCGGUGAGCGGCGCUGCCUGUGUGGUUGUCUUGCCAUUGAUUUUUUUCCUGUUGUAUAAAGUUUGCAAACUGCAAUGUAAGUCAGAAUCCUUCUGGGAAGAAGAUUUGGAGAAAGAGACUUAUAUCCAAUUUGAAACCCUGUCUGCAAGGUCUCAAAGUAUAGGGGAACUUUGGACACGAAGGCACAGAGAUGAUCCCGAAAAAUUGCUGCUUUGUUCUGGGUCAAGUGUGGAAUCUCAGAUGACUUUUAAAAGUGAAAGAUCUAGACCAGAUUAUUAUUGCUAAGAUUAUAUAGCUCAGGCACACAAGAACGCACAAAAUAUCUUCCAAAAAAUGAAGAAUUUGAGGGUGUAUUUGCCUCUUUAUUUGGAUGACUUUUAGACAGACUUUCACAUCUUCCAUAAAAAUCACAAAUGGAGUGAUUUUGUGUUUUAAAAAACUACCAUCAGACCUCUGAACUGAACAAGCUUUUUAUUCUUUUUGUUUUUUAAAUCAAAUCUUUAUUGUUGGAAGUAUUAUUUAUGUUCCCCUUUUCCCCCAUUGACCCCUUCUAGCCUGCACCCCACCACCCCCCACCCCAGACCUUCACCACCCUUUUGUCUGUGUCCAUGAGUUAUGUAUAUAUGCAUACAAUGAACAGACAAUCUUGAUUUUUUUGUAUGGAAGGUGUACAUGGAAAUAAUCUUUGGAACAAUGCUUAUUAACACAUUGCAGACGGAUCACGAGAAUUCUUGUGUUUUCUGUUCUAAGGCUUGUGGUCAAUCAUACUUUAAAAAGAUAUUAUCUUGUAAGAACAUGUAAUAAAUAACUUCAAAAUGCAAUGGGUAUUUAAUUUUAAAGAGUGCCUUUAACAUUUAUGUGAAACCUUUUUUGUACUUGUUCAAUAGAAACUUAUGGGGCCACUGGGUAAAGCAAGCAAUAAAAUUACUAGUCCAUAAUGUGUUAAGUUAGACAUAUGUUUUAGGGCAGUGGUCGGCAA